AUGACGUGGGCGCCACAGCUCGAAGCGGUCGGACGCAUCGCUAGCUCCGAGGAGCGCAUCGCGCAGUACACGCGCCUCCUCGAGCACGCUCUGCACGACACGCCGAGUGCGUCGCUUCCGUCCCUGGUCCGCACGUACGUCGAUGGCGCCGUGCUGGACCCUGUGAAUACGACCGGCGCGGGCUUGCUCGUCGGCCGGCACAUGCUGGCCCACCUCGCCACCCAGCUCGCUGCUGCACACAUACCCGCCAACAUACUGUGCACGAUCGUAAGCGAUACCCUUGCCACGUGCGAAGCGUCGUCGAUCAUGGGGGAUGACGAGCUGGGACCAUGGCGCGUGCUCCUCGCCGAGCAGUACGCGUCGCUCUCGCGAUGGCGCGACGCCGCACAAGCGCUGCAGUCCAUCACGCCUCAUGCUGCGCGGCGUAUACCCCAGCUGUCGUUCGCCCAGCUAUGCGUGCGCGUCGUCGAGCUGUGGCUCCAUGACCUGCCAUCCCACGUCGCCGAAGCUGAGCAGGCCAUCAAGCGCGCCAACUCUGCGAUACUCGACGAGCGCGACAACAAGGCUCUCGUGCACGAGCUGUGGUCGUAUCAUGCACGCGUCCUCGCGAUACAGCACAGAUUCAUGGAGGCGGCGGCGCGCUACAUGGACUUGCCUCAUGCCGACAUGUAUGCGGCCGUGUAUGCCAUCAUCUCGCCACCUAGUGCGCAGCGCACAUCCAUGCUCACACGCCUCGCCCAGCGAGCUUCGGCCUGGCCGUUUGCACAGACACUACAUCACGCCGCAGAGGGACGCUUUUUGCGGCCGGCCGACUUGGAGGCCCUCGCGCCGUUCCUCGGCGGUGUGCCGGUACAGCCCGAUGUGUUUGUCGAACACAAUGUAUGCGUGGCCCUCUCGUUCUUCUCCAGUGUACCCCUUACUCAGCUAACACGCCUCGUCGGCCUCGACGCGCACGAACACGGCGUACAGGCAUGCGAGGCGGCCGUCGCACGCUUGCUCUCCCAAGGCGUCCUGCCCACCGACACAUGCUGGAUCGAUCAAGUCACACAGGCCGUGUACCUAGACGCUCCCGAUGCCGAGACCGAUCGAGAAGCGCGCAUAUCGGCCUGCCUACAGGCCCUCGAUGCGGCGCACGCCCGUCUAUCCGCCUAG